CGUAGAUAACGGGAGGACAGAUUGCUUUAGCAGAAGGUCAGUUGACGCCUGGGAGCUGCUGCACCAAGGAGGCGUCGUUUCGCGACCACAGUGAAGUCAGGCCCUCCGCUCCAGAAGAUGUAUCCGUACACGCUGACGCAGUUGACCCGGGCGAACCCCUUCUGCACCCCGUUCAUGGUCUUGCACGAAGUCGCGGAGCCUGGACACGACGCACCUGUUGAGCCACACCUCAAACGGAGAUUCGCAGCGGCCUCGAUUGACGACGCGGAAGUGAGCUGUGAGUAUGGCUCCAAUAAGUACUACGCUCUCUGUGGCUUCGGUGGCAUCCUGAGCUGUGGCCUCACGCACACAGCUGUUGUACCCCUCGACCUCGUCAAAUGCCGUAUUCAGGUGGACCCAGACAAGUACAAGUCCAUCUUCAAUGGCUUCUCAGUGACCCUGCGGGAGGAUGGCUUCCGGGGCCUGGGGAGGGGCUGGGCCCCCACCUUCAUCGGCUACUCCAUGCAGGGCCUGUGCAAAUUUGGCUUCUACGAGCUGUUCAAGUCAUUCUACAGUGACAUGCUGGGCGAGGAGAACACCUACCUGUGGAGAACCUCCCUGUACCUGAUGUCGUCGGCCAGCGCCGAGUUCUUUGCCGACAUCGCUCUGGCGCCCAUGGAGGCGUGUAAGGUGCGCAUCCAGACGCAGCCGGGCUACGCCAGCACGCUCCGCGAGUGUGUCCCCAAGAUGCACGCUGAGGAGGGCAUCAAGGCGUUCUAUAAGGGUGUGUACCCACUCUGGCUGCGGCAGAUCCCCUACACCAUGAUGAAGUUCGCCUGCUUCGAGCGCACCGUCGAGACGCUCUACAAGUACGUGGUGCCCAAGCCCCGCAGCGAGUGCACCAAGGCCGAGCAGCUGGUGGUCACCUUUGUGGCCGGAUACAUCGCUGGUGUAUUCUGUGCAGUUGUCUCUCACCCAGCUGACUCUGUGGUGUCUGUGCUUAACAAGGACAGUGGUAGCACUGCUAUCCAGGUAGUGAAACGCCUUGGGCCCAAAGGUGUGUGGAAGGGCUUGUUCGCUCGCAUCAUCAUGAUUGGCACCCUGACUGCUCUGCAGUGGUUCAUCUACGACUCAGUGAAGGUCUACUUCCGCUUGCCCCGCCCACCUCCUCCAGAGAUGCCCGAGUCGCUCAAGCAGAAGUUGGGAUUGGCUAGCCACUAAUACCCUCCCCAUUUACCCAGAAUGCAACAUUGGCCUCUUCAUUCUCCCAUCCACUCCCAUCUACAGCGCACAGCUCUGUUUUUGUAAACAUUCAUCAGCUGUAUUAGAGUUAGUCACUUGACAGUUCUGCCCAUGCAUCUGAAGAGGAGAAUACCAUAACAAUGAGAAAAUAAAUCUUUAAAAAAAAAAA